CUCAAUCAAAAUGAAAGAUCAGCUGAUGGCCACGUGACUAUCACAUGAUCAGUACAUUAGGACACGUACAUUAGGACACAGGCAUUGGUGUUGUUUUUCCAGAUAUCAGAGUACAUGAACGCGAAAACAAUGAGGAUUGCUGUUUUUGUCCUGAGCUUUAUUUGGCUCGUCAAUGGGGAGCUGCUUGAGGCUGACCAAGACGCUUCAAGCAAUGUUAUUCUCAAUGUUUUAGCGUGCCUGAGGACUGGAUUCUAGUUGAACGGGUUGGACCUUUGGAGGAAGUGGAACUUACAUUUGCAUUAAAGCAGCAGAAUGUAAACCAGAUGAAAGAAUUACUGAAACUAGUGUCGGACCCUGACUCGCAUCAAUAUGGGAAGUAUCUGAGUUUGGAAGAAGUGGCUGCUCUUGUGCAGCCUUCUCAGCUGACCGAGAAAGUAGUGCAGAAUUGGCUCCAGAGUCAUGGGGUCAAAAACUGUCACACAAUUGUAACACGGGACUUCCUUCAAUGUGUCAUGACUGUGCAGGUGGCUGAAGCAUUACUCCCUGGCGCUAAAUUUCACCGCUACAGGAGAGGUUCACACACUCUGUUGAGGUCAACAUCUCUAUACUCCGUUCAUGAAGAUGUGUAUCAGCAUCUAGACUUUGUGGGUGGUGUUCACCGUUUUCCACCGAAAGGAAAGGAUAUCAGUAAAGGCUGGGAAGGAGCAAGACAGUCAGCAUUAGGCUAUCACUUGGGUGUCACCCCCUCAGUCGUUAGGAGUCGCUACAACCUUACAGCAAAAGAUGUGGGCACUGCCACUAACAACAGUCAGGCAGUGGCACAGUUCUUGGAGCAGUACUACCACCCUGCUGACCUGGCUGAGUUUAUGAGUCUGUUUGCUGGAGCAUUCACACACAUGUCUGCUGUAGAGCGGGUCGUGGGCACGCAGGGUGGUGGGAAAGCCGGCAUUGAGGCCAGUCUGGAUGUGGAGUACAUCAUGAGCAGUGGAGCAAACAUUUCUACAUGGGUCUUCACAAAUCCAGGUCGUCAUGAGACUCAGGAGCCAUUCCUUCAGUGGAUGCUGCUGCUCAGCAACAUGUCUGCAGUGCCUUGGGUCCACACUAUCAGCUAUGGAGAUGACGAGGACAGCCUUUCUGAUGCCUAUAUGAACCGCAUCAACACUGAGUUCAUGAAAGUUGGCCUCAGAGGAAUUUCCAUGCUUUUUGCUUCCGGUGACAGUGGAGCAGGCUGUAGACACUUGACCAAGGAAAGAAAUACUUUUAGGCCAAGUUUUCCUGCAUCCAGUCCCUAUGUGACCAUGGUGGGUGGGACUUCUUUCAAGAACCCCUUCAAACUCACCUAUGAGGUCACAGACUACAUCAGUGGAGGUGGCUUCAGUAAUGUGUUUGCAAUGCCAGAUUAUCAGGUUGGUGCUGUUCAAGCAUAUCUGAAAAGUGUUCAGCCUCUACCUCCUCAGACAUAUUUCAACAUCACUGGAAGAGCCUAUCCAGAUCUAGCUGCACUCUCUGACAACUACUGGGUUGUUACCAACCGUGUACCCAUACCAUGGGUUUCUGGAACUUCGGCAUCAACUCCAGUAGUGGGUGGAAUUCUGUCCCUCAUAAAUGACCAGCGCUUUCUGAAGGGUCUUCCCUCAUUAGGAUUCAUCAACCCUCGCCUUUACAAACUGCAAGGCAAAGGUCUUUAUGAUGUAACAGAGGGAUGUCACCUGAGUUGUCUGGAUGAUAAAGUUGAAGGGAAGGGUUUCUGUGCCUCCCCUUCAUGGGAUCCAGUAACGGGAUGGGGAACACCAAAUUAUCCUGCUCUUCUAAAGGCUCUUAUGGAUUGAGCUGCUGCUUUAGUCAGAUUGCAAAAGAAAUAUCCACCCUUUGCACACUUUUUUUUUAAAAAAUGUUUGUUGAAGCAUCUGAAUGAUGAUGCAUUGUGUAAUCAUAUCAACAUAUCAUAGCUGUCAAUCAUCUAAGAAUCAUUUUCAAAAAAAUAAUGUUCUUUCAGUGUAAACUGAACCUUGAUUUACCCUCCCACAGUUCUUCUCCCUGUCCAACAGGUCAUACCACUUCAGUUCUUUCAGACGAGGUUGGUUUGUCCCAGAGUAAAGGAUCAGAGGUUUCCAGGUGUAGACCACAACCGUAUGUUUGACAAGCUUCUUUGGUUUAAACAAAACAGUGUGACAUGAUAAUCUAUGAAUGGUGCAAUAUUCCCUAAUAAUAAAUUUCAGUUCCUUUUAAAACAAUUAAAAUAGACCCUUUGUACAUAAACAUUUGGUUGUUCCAAGGUUUAAAUGUAGCAUUUAAUGAAACCAGCCUAAUUAUUGAACAUACUUGAGAGCUGCAUAAACCAAUAGCCUGUUUUUGACAUUUUUAAUGGGUUGAUUUCAAAGACUUUGUGAAGAGAUCCUCAGGGAAUUAAAUAUUGAAUGGAUUUGUUGGUCUGGAACUACUAGGUCGUUGGUAAGACUGAGUGUUUUUCUACUAGAUGUAUGGUGCACUGAAUGUUGUUUGAGUAACUGGUCCAACUUUUGUUUUUAAAAAAAGAAAGAAAAAAAGAUGCAUUGCCUUUAGGAUAUUAGGACUGAUGUGUUUCAUUUCUUUGCUUGAAAAAUACAAAUUAAAGUUUUUAUUUUGAAAUAAAUGCCUUUGUGUGCUUAGUUUUGGAUUUAAUUAUUUUUAAUAUAAUCCAGAAACAUACAAAAUGUUUUUGAGAAGUAAUUGUAAUUUGCUGAACUGUAAUUUGGAGUUAGCAGAACAUAUUUAUAAUAGCAAAUAAUCAUGUGUUAUUGGUGCAUAGAUCAAUUCAGUUUAAAUGGGCUCACAAAACAUACAUGAGAGAAGUUUAAAUAAUUCAGAUAAUUUUUUUUUUACAUUAUAUAAAUGCAAACUUAAGUCAGAUAUAGGAUGUACAUGUACAUAAAAUCAGCUCAGAUUAAUAUAGUUCAAUAUAAUAUUUUAGGGUUAUGCAAGGAUAACUAGUUUCUAAAAACACUGCAAGUCUUGAUAUAUGAGAACACAUGAGGUUGUGUCAGCAGACGCAAGCUCUAAUAGGACCUUUUCAAAAAAACAGUACAUAUUUUUAAACAGCAAGAAUUGUGUAAUUUACAACUUAUAACCAAAUGUUAUGCAUAUGCGAAGUUAGGAUGCUAUUAACAAAAUUAUUAGCUGUAAGUAAUGCAGUGUCAGUGGAGAUAUUUUAAAAUAGCAUAUGAAAUUGCAAGGUCAUUAUAAUACUUUAAGCGCUUAUAUGUCGUUACAACACCAAGUUAUAUGUAGGAUUAAACUAGAGAUUUUUAGGCUCACUGCUGUUUGCCACCAUUGUCUACCACAGAAAAUAUGACUUUAACCAGACCAUAUCAUAAGGUUUCACAAAUUCUUGCUUUUAAAAUCAACGGUUAGAGGGCAUUCUGCACACCGAACAGCAUGAUGAACUUCAGGCUCUUGGGAACUGCACAGGGGAGUUUAGCUUUAUUCCAUAUCAUUAAAUAAAUUAGAGAAUUUGAAGGAAAAAUGUCUUCACAUACUGAGUAGACUGUUACUGUGUUACAAAAGAAGGCAUGUGUAUGUAGCAGUAUUUCCUGAAGCUGGAUAAAACUGUUUUAAUUGGUUAAACACAAUCUAAUCAACAUCUCUAUCUACAUGAUUUCAAAACAUUUGUACAGGACAGGUAUACAAAAUGAGAUACCUGCACAGGAUACCUCACAAAGAAAAGCUGUAUUUACAUUGAAAAUAGCUGAACGGUAUCUCAUUCUCCUUGAAGAAAAGCAUUCACAGGUUUUAAGUCUCAGGGACGACACACACACGCACGCACGCACACACACACACACACACACACACACUCACACACAUACA